CUCGAGCAUUAAGCAGACUGAAAACAAGAAAACUUAAGCAUCGAAAAGGGUUUACAUGGGCCAGGUCCAUAGCUAAUUUGGGCUAUUUCUUGGGUCUUAUGGGCUAGCCGAGAGCGCAUUUAGUAUUGGGGUUUUGAGCUUUGAUCUUUGAUGCUUUUGCAUUGUUGCUCUCAGUUGAAUCAUGUUUCAUCAACGAAAGCUGAAACCCAAGCUUUACAGAUUUGAUGACUUCGCCUCGAUAUCGCUCUUGUUUUUCAGAACUUGUUCAAUGUACCAAACAGAAAAACCUGUUGCGAGGUCGAGCCGUACACGCUCGAAUAGUAAAAGAUGGUUCAGCUUGCUGCGUGUACCUUUCGAACAGCCUCGUUAACUUGUACGUCAAAUGCGGGGACUUGUUCCACGCCAAACGUGUAUUCGAUAAUAUACAGGACAAGGAUGUUGUCUCAUGGAACUGCCUCAUAAAUGGUUACUCUCAACAGGGUCUAACAGGAUCGUCUCUUGUUAUGGAACUCUUUCAGCGAAUGCGAGCAGAGAAUGUCUUGCCUAAUUCCCACACCUUUGCGGGCGUUUUCACUGCUGCAUCGAGUUUGUCGGAUGUUUUAAGUGGGCUGCAAGCUCAUACGCUUGCAAUUAAAACCGACAGCUUUGGUGAUGUCUUCGUCGGGAGCUCUCUUCUGAAUAUGUACUGUAAAUCGGGUGCUAUGGCUGAGGCUCGUAAGGUGUUUGAUGGAAUGCCGGAAAGGAAUUCGGUUUCUUGGGCUACGAUGAUUUCUGGGUACGCAAUGCAAAGGUCUGCUGUGGAGGCUUUUGAGAUUUUUAAAUUAAUGCGUCUAAAAGAUGAGAAAGAGAAUGAGUAUGCAUUGUCUAGCAUCCUUAGUGCAUUGGCGGAUCCUGAGUUUCUUAGCACCGGUAGUCAAAUACAUUGCCUCACGGUUAAAAAUGGGUUACUGGUGUUUGUAUCUGUUGGCAAUGCUCUUGUUACCAUGUAUGCUAAAUGUGGGAGCUUGGAUGAUGCACUUAAGACAUUUGAAUUAUCAGGUGAUAAAAAUUCGAUUACAUGGUCGGCUAUAAUCACUGGUUAUUCACAAAGUGGGGAUUCCUGUAAGGCUCUCAAGCUUUUCUCGAAUAUGCAUCUUGCCGGCAUCAUACCUAGUAAGUUUACCCUUGUUGGGGUUCUUAAUGCUUGUAGUGAUACAGCUGCCGUUGGAGAAGGAAAGCAAGUUCAUGGUUACUUGUUGAAAUUGGGAUAUGAAUCGCAAGUAUACAUAAUGACGGCUUUGGUUGAUAUGUAUGCAAAAUGCGGCAGUACAUUAGAUGCUCGGAAGGGGUUUGAUUAUUUACAAGAACCUGAUAUGGUCUUAUGGACUUCCAUGAUUGGAGGAUAUGUACAAAAUGGGGAGAACGAAAAUGCAAUGAAUUUGUAUGCUAGAAUGCGGAUUGAGGGGAUUAUGCCCAAUGAGCUCACAAUGGCUAGUAUUCUAAAAGCUUGUUCUUGUCUUGCAGCUUUGGAACAAGGAAAGCAAAUCCAUGCCUGUACCAUUAAGCAUGGAUUUGGUCUGGAAAUCCCAAUCGGAAGUGCCCUUUCAACCAUGUAUGCCAAGUGCGGGAGUCUAGAAGAUGGUAGCAUUGUCUUUAGCAGGAUGCCAAGGAGAGAUAUAGUGUCAUGGAAUGCAAUGAUAUCAGGGCUUGCUCAGAAUGGGCAUGGUAAUGAAGCUCUUGAACUUUUCGAGGAUAUGCAGCUGGAAGGAACCGAGCCAGACUAUGUUACAUUUGUUAACAUUCUUUCAGCUUGUAGUCACAUGGGAUUGGUGAAAAGAGGUCGGGCUUAUUUCGAUAUGAUGUCUGACAAAUUUGGAAUUGUUCCAAGAGUAGAGCAUUAUGCUUGCAUGGUUGAUAUGCUGGGCCGUGCAGGAAAGCUCGAUGAAGCCAAGGAAUUUAUUGAAUCAGCUACCAUAGAUCAUGGCAUGUGUCUAUGGCGUAUUCUAUUAAGUGCUUGCCGGAAUUUCCGGAACUAUGAAUUAGGGGCAUAUGCUGGAGAGAAACUCAUGGAGUUGGGCUCUCAAGAAUCAUCCGCUUAUGUGUUAUUAUCGAGUAUCUAUAUCGCCUUGGGCAGGCUGGAAGAUGUGGAGAGAGUCCGGAGGAUGAUGAGAUUUAGAGGAGUAAAUAAGGAACCUGGAUGCAGCUGGAUUGAACUAAAAGACGGUGUUCACGUGUUCGUCGUCGGAGACCAAAUGCAUCCAGAGAUAAAAAUGAUACGUGAAGAGCUACGAAUCUUAAGCAAGCAAAUUAAGGAUGAAGGUUACCAUCCUCCUGAUUCAGUUUCUGCAAAUACUUGUAAUGAUGAGGAACUAGUCGCUGCUUUUACGUGAUAAUAUAUUUCAUUCUUUGGUCA